GUUACGUAUCCAGGCUGAUUCGAUUAAGUGGAAGUGUUGACUGAUCAGGGUGGACCGAGCGUAUUCACGUCGAAGGCGCUAUGUCAAGGUACGAUGAUCAUCGAGACCAGGGUUACGAGGAACGUGAGCGUUGUGAUAUGGGACGUGAUGGGAACAACUACAGAGAUGGAGGCUAUGAGCGGGAACAGCGCCGCGGACAGGUUAGGUGCUUUAAUUGCGGCGAACUGGGUCACUAUGCCACGCAGUGCCCGCAACCUAGAAGAUUGCGGUAUUCAAGACCGACAACAUCGGCAGAUUCCAGGGGCGAUAAAAAUUAUGGGAAGCGCUCCACAACUGAUGACCAACUCGAGUCAAAGGUGGCUGAGAUCGGCAAGAGUGUAGCCGCGGUCUGUCAGUUUGUUGAGAUCGAGCAGCAGAAGAAGGCUGUGAAGGAGCGUAAGAAGAUGGAGAAGAAGGAAGCCGAGGAGCGCGAGGUGGCCGAGCGCUUGGAAGCGGAGGCUAAACGGAAGAAGAAAGAAGAGAAGGCUCGCCGCAAUGCCGAGAAGUUUGAGGAAGUCAACAAGAACCUCGACAUCAAGGUGGCUCUGCGUGUCGGUGAACUGCGGGAGGACGUACGAGAGGACGUCCGAGCGGAGAUCAAGGAGGAUAUUGGUGAAUUGUGCCGAGUAGUUGCUCGGGGAAAACAAAAGGUGGAUCCACUAACGGGUCCCGAUCACGAAAGUGGCGCCAGCAGCAGUGAUACCGGGGAGAUUAGCGGCGUACUCGCAACUUAUGUUUGUCGGAGAAGCGGAAGCGCGGGCCGGAGCCGUUUUUUGAAGGAAGCCCUCCGAUGGAGCAGCCGCCGAAACGUACACCACGGAAAGUGACGAAACCAACUAAAUUGACAGAUUGACUUCAUGAGCCAAGACCAAACGGCAGGAGAAAAUGCCUACGCCAAAGAAGACCCCGCCUUCGAUCCGGAAGAAGACGGUGUCGGAGCAAACACCCUUACAAGGGUAUUUGCUCAUGAUUUUGCAUAUGAUACAAUAUCAACGCCGGUCGCCGUGCCGGAGACAGGCUGGAGUAAAAAGUGAGAAUUUUUUGGCUUGGCGCUGUGAAACAAACUUCUCGACCAUUG